AGAGUCAGUCAUUAAACCUUAGGAUCACCCCUUAUGCAUUGUGCCAACGUUGGGCUUUACACUGCCUUCUAGUAAAAUGUAAGUAUACUAUAUAUAGUAUUAUAUAAAGUAAUACAGUAGGAUGAAAACAGAUUUUAUCCAUUUCAAUAUUACUACACAUAAAUAGUUCCCAAUUCUUCAAAAAUAAAAACUAAAACAACUUCUAUGUUCAACAGACAAACAUCAACUGACCAGUCUUGGUUCAUCCAUCUCAGCUGGGCAGGAGCUCUUCUCCUUCUCAACAUUGGUUUCCUCUGCAGUGCAGCUAUACUUGCUAUUCGGAGUAUCACCUGGCUUUGCACCACCACAGGCCUGCUCCUUCACUUCUUCCUUAUCUGCACUUUCACUUGGAUGGCUCUUGAAGCCUAUCAGAUGUCCAUGCUUAUGUGGAGACGAAACCAUGCCAGUUUGAAGGGCUACGGUCUGAAAGUCUGCUUUGUUGGCUGGGGUGUGCCUGCCCUGAUUGUGCUCUCUAUUGUUACAAUUAAAAAAGAUUCUUAUGGCUUGAAUGGAGAUAUGUGUUGGGUCACAAAUAAUAUUGUGAGCUGCAUAUCUGUAAUUGGAUACUUUGGACUAGUGUUCAUCUUUACUACUGGAGUGUUGGCGGCUGUUCUCUGUAAACUAACCCAAAUAUGGCUGGCAAGCAAGCAGGCUAUGAAAGAGAAGAGAAGUAGCUGUGAGUACGCAAGCACAUUUCUGGGACUUGUCUGCCUGCUAGGGACCACUUGGGGACUGGGCUUCUUCCUCACUUGAUCGCAAAAUGUGACAGUCGAAUACUUAUUCACUAUACUAAACUCAUUUCAAGGAUUUUUCUUAUUUAUCUGGAUUUGUAUUCAUAAAAACAAGGGAAGCAAGUUCUUCUUAGAAGAAAGAAAACAACAAAGUGCAGUUGCUGAAGUUUAAGAGCAAAACUAAUUCUGAAAACAGCACAACUAGAAAGUGGAAGGACAAAAUAAAUUCAAAUGGUGUGACUUAUAAGAAGAAAUGAAAGUGAAAAGAAAGUGGAUGAACGAAGAUCUUAAAAUAUCAGCAUCUAUUGAAAAAGCGCAGAAGUAGAAGCUUUUUAGCUAGCCUAACUAGUUUUAAUUUUACUUAGCAGAAUUUAAAUGAAAAGAUACUUUUAAUUCAAUUAUUUCAGUGAUAUUUUGUAUUUAAUUUCAUCAUAGCAGGAGCUUUUAUUAUUCAUUAAUUACUGUUAUAAAAUGUAAUAGAAAGUUUUAUGGAACCUACUGUUUUGUUAAAAUAAUUUUUAUUAUUAUUUUUAUUAUUUUCACAAUUUUGAACUGUUUGCUAAAAAUAACAAAGCUGUAAAUGUAAACUGUGAAGUUGCAGUCAUUGUGCAUGUGCUUUGCAUUAUUAAGGUUAUAGUUUAUAUUGUAUGUUAAGGUUAUAGUUCACUAUACCAAAUAAGGACAUUUGCCUGAAAAAGCUAAUGGGAAGUGAGAAAACUGCAGUCAUGUAAAUUAACUUCUAAAUAUUUUACAUAUAGGCCACUAAAUAUUAAUCUCAAUUAAGCAUGUUAUUAUACAAAGCCAUUGUGGUAGACUACACAGUGCUGUGUUAUCAAUUUGUAAGCUUCCAAUUUAAUUUACGGUAUACAAUUAAAACCUUUUGACUGUGCUUAGAUAUUAAAUUUAUAAUGCAACAGAAUAAACAAAGUUGGAAAAAAUAUGGGUCUGAAAUUAGUUAUCUUUUCGCAAGCAAUGAAGCUUGCCUGU